CACCAGCGAAGCUUUCUACAGCACAGUGGGUGGAGUGGCUGAUCUGACAGAGAAUGCGCACAAAUAAAGGAGGCAGACGAUGCCAUUCGGUUCUUGACAAGAUCAAAUAAUUCAAUCACCUCCCCACCGCACGACAUGCCAACGUCUCGAUCGAAAAUCGACAUGGUCUCCGACGACAUCAAGAUCAAGCCAUUGCAACGGCAGAAGGUAUGCGUGAUCGGGGCGGGUAUGGCCGGGCUGGCGUCGGCCCGCGAGCUGCGGCGGGAGGGCCACGACGUGACGGUGCUGGAGCAGAGCGGCGACGUGGGCGGGCAGUGGCUGUACGACCCGAGGGUCGACGGCGCCGAACUGCUCGGCGCCGCGGCGGCGCCGGUGAAGGUGCACGGCAGCAUGUACGCGUCCCUCCGCCUCAUCAGCGCGCGGGAGAACAUGGGGUUCACCGACUUCCAGUUCGAGCCCAAGGACGGCCGCGACGGCCGCCGCUUCCCGGGCCACCGCGAGGUGUACCUCUACCUCAAGGACUUCUGUGACGCGUUCGGGCUCAUGGAGUCCGUCAGGCUCAACACCAGCGUCGUCUGUGUCGCCCCGGCGCCGGGCCCGACGCGGCAGUGGACGGUGAGGUCCGUCGAUCUCGGCAACGGCAAGUGCGAUGGUGCCGAGAAGGAGGAGGUGUUCGACGCCGUGGUGGUGGCCAACGGCCACUACUCGCAGCCGAGACUGCCGAGCAUCCCAGGCAUGGAGGCGUGGAGGGGGCGGCAGGUGCACAGCCACUCGUACAGGGAGCCGGAGCCGUUCCGCGGCGAGGUGGUGGUGGUGGUCGGGUGCGGCGAGAGCGGCAAGGACAUCGCCAUGGAGGUGCGCAGGGUGGCGAAGGAGGUGCACCUCGUCGCCAAGUCCAUGGAGGAGGUCACCCAGGGCCUCGCCAAGGUGAUCGCCAAGCACAGCGCCAGCCUGCAUCUACAGCUGCACGUGGAGCGUCUGUGCGAGGACGGACGGGUCGUGUUCGGCGACGGCUUCACUGUGCUCGCCGACACCAUCAUCUACUGCACGGGGUACAGUUACUCUUUCCCGUUCCUGGACACGGAGGGGGCGGUCACCGUCGACGACAACCGCGUCGGCCCGCUGUUUGAGCACGUGUUCCCGCCCUCGCUUGCCCCGUCGCUCUCCUUUGUCGGCAUACCCAUAAAGGUGUUUGCGCCUUGGUUCUUCGAGGCUCAGGCGAAAUGGGUGGCGCAGGUGCUGUCCGGCAAGAGGACGCUGCCGCCGGAGGAGGAGAUGAUGCGGUCCGUGGAGGAGUAUUACUGCGCCAGGGAGGUCGCCGGCGCGCCCAAGAAGUACACCCACGACGUCAGCUUGUUUGACACCACGUACAUCGACGAGUUCGGGAGCAAGUACUGCGACUUCCCUGGCGUGGAGAAAUGGCGUUACGAGCUGCUGGUGUCGUCGUUCGUCAACAUGCUCGACAACCUCGAGACCUUCCGCGAUGAGUACGAGGACAGCGACACCAUCCGCAAGGGUGUGGAGGAGUGGCACUUGUCUGCACAACAGGCCCAAGCUGCUGCUACGAAAAAACAAUCACUUGGUCUUCUCGAACAAGUAGAGUGAUCGAUCGUGCACCAUAUGAGCGCCUUCCAUUCCAUGGCAUGUCGUGUUCCACGCUUGCACACGCUCGGCAUUGAUGUAUCUAUUUCGUUUUCAUAAACGGUCUUACAAACCGCUUAUAUAAGUGCAUUUGUGUGAUUUUGUAGCAAAUUAGGUUGUAUGCGCAUCCCACGUUUUAAACACGUGGCUUUGUGAUGAGACUUUUAAAAAAGGGAUUGCUAAAACUCA